AUGGGUCGUCGUCCGAGAAAUCAAGACAGUGAAGGAACGACGAAGAAGAAGCAGCCAUUAUCAUCAUCACAGGAUCCAAAGAAGUAUAUGGAGGUUUUCAGGAGAAGAAAAGAUGGGUUGAAGAAGAAAGCAGAGGAGCUUUCGACUCUCUGUGAUGUACCAGUCCUGGUGAUGGUUCGUUCAGCUGAAGGUGAUCUUGAAGUUGUUUGGCCUGAAGAUCAAUCUCAAGUCACAAGCAUUCUCAAAAAUUACGUCAAUAGCCGGAAUCCGGCCGAGGAAAUCUCACCCGAACAAACUGAUCAUGUUCUUCAGGUUGAUGAAACCAACUUAAUUGAUGUGGAUGUGAAGGAACAGGGGUUACAAUUGGGGUAUUCUUAUCAACAGAUCAACGAAAAUUGCAGAAACAGGGGAGAUUAUGGUAUGUGGAACGGAAUUCAGAAUGGGUUUGAUUCGGGUCAUUCGACUAUGAAGAGGAUGAUGCCAAACAAUGAACAAAAUUAUGUUGGUAGUACUACAACUGCUAGUUUAAUUAAUCAUGACAAUGAUUCAUACAUUGGUUGGAAACAGGGUAUGGCUCCAUUGGGAAGGAAUUUCAGUGAUGUUAUACUGCAACCAGAACCAAUUCAGUUCUGUUGUCCUGAUUAUGACAGGGUAUUUGCUCCUGAUAAUUCUUCUCUUGGGUUUAGCCAUUGGAAUGGUGAAAAUCUUGGAUCUUUUGGUAUGGUUAAUCCUGAUUUUGGGUUCAACUACCGUGGCACUUCCACUCAGACCAUGGUUCCUCAGAGUUUUCCUCAAGAUGGCUCAACAACGAGGAAGAUGGGAUUCAAUUAA